AACGAGUGGUUUAUAUAUUAGUAACAGGGUGAGAUACUUAGACUCCAAUAUUUGUAAAUUUAGUUAAACUACAAAAAAAAAAAGAAAUCGAAUGUUCUAAACAACUAUAUUUUUUUUUUGAUGACUUAAAAACCCGGGGAUGGAAAAGUCCGCUGUUGCCACUGUUUCUCAAUAAAUUAUUCAAUAUGAACGAUUCUGAACAAACCAACAAAUUUGUAAUUCAUGAUGCUAUCAAGGCAGGUAACACCAAUCUUGCCAAGUCAUUAAUUGAUCAAUUCCCCAAGGAAAUUUACUUAUUUGAUGACGAUAAUAGAACACCAUUGCAUUGGGCAUGUUCCUUAAACAACCUAACCAUUGUCGAAUACAUAUUAUCCAAAAAUCAAGUAGACAUAGAUGAUUUGGUAGAUUCAAGUGGCUGGACCCCAUUACAUAUAACUGCCUCAAUUGGGAAUCCUGAAAUUUUCGAAAAACUUUUAGCAGUUGAGCCUAAGCCUGAUUUGGACUUGGCUACUAAUCAAGGUACAACUUGUCUUCAUUUAGCCAUUAGCAAGAAUAAUUACGAUAUAGUCAAGAAAUUAGUUGAAGCUAAGGCCUCGUGCAAAGUUAAGGAUAAGAAGGGAGAUACCCCAUUGCAUAGGGCACUGGCAAUUGGAUCAAUUCCUACAGUCAAGUUGUUAGUAGAAAAGGGAAAAGUUAAUAUCAAUGCAAAGGAUAAUGAUGGUUGGACAAGUUUGCACCACGCCUUAGCUGAAGGUCAUGGAGAUGUUGCCGUAUUGUUGGUUUCACUAGGCGCCGAUCCCCAAAUUAAAACCGAUGCAGGAGAACUACCAAUUGAUGUAGCCGUAGAUGAUAAAGUUAGGAAAUAUUUUGUUGAAAGUAUAUAGAAGAUCUUCAUUAGCCGAUUGUUCGGAGAAACACUCCAGAUCAAACGUUUAGGUCAUUAGUUUGUAGGCAAUUAGAACAAAAAAAAUAUCUUGAAUUUGUAGGUCUAGUUUAUCGCCGAAAGGUCCGGUCGGUUGCUAUGACUAUUGCUUUUUUUCCAACCACAUUGCUUUCAGCCGUAGACAUUAUAUUACACACAGCUAGCAAUUGUCAAGCAAAGGGCUUAGCUUAGUUGCCAUGCACAUCUAACCAAUGUUGCUGCGCCAUCAAAACUAUCAAAAGCACGCAGGGUAAUGUGGAACGAGGAAUGUGUAAAAGCCUCACCUUGUUUUUUGUCAAGUGCAAAUGAAAUGGCUCUAUAACGUUGAAAUGGCAAAGAAAAAAAAAAUUUGUGACUUUGUCCGUACUAGCCGAGAAUUAAACCCGAUGAAAAAGCUUCCCAAUCCAAUUUUUGCUUGAACCCUGUCUAUCUAACAAACAAAUUCCAUAUACAAAGGCGCAUUUGGAAUUCGGUAUGGAUUAAAUUCAUCUAACCAUUGUUGGUCCAUUUCUAUGUGCAGGUUGUUUGGCCCGUUUAAACUAUAAUAUAACCCAAAUUAGGCAAUGACAUAAUAG